CCAGAGAUAACUGAAAUUUACGUACGAAUGACAUUGCAACCUACUUUUCCAUGACCGGUUUCAAAAUCUAUUAUCAUGCAUGGAACUGAACAAUUAAAGUAAAAAUAUUGAACGUAAGAUUUCAGUCAGUUUUAUCUAGUACAAUGGAGCCUUGGUGUAUAUAUUUUCUCACUGUCCUUUACAUUACAUGUAUGACAUGUACAAAUGGAUUUUUAGUGAAACCUUCGAAUUCUGAAGUCGACACAAUUGUUGAUGUAAACUGUGGAAAAGUUCGCGGUGUGUGGUCACAGACAGAUAGUGGAUUUUCAUUCCGCGGAAUUCCGUAUGCUGUCCCACCCGUUGGAAGCUUGAGAUGGCGGCCACCGAUCCCGCUUCGAAAGGAAAAUAAUAACUGCUGGUCAGGAACUUUGCAAGCCCAACACUUUGCAAGCCCAUGUGUACAAAGGAAUGAAACUGACAUUUCGAAGGUGAUAGGCAAUGAAGACUGUCUCUAUCUAAACGUAAUAACACCGACACUCAAUGCCUCUGCCAAACUUCCGGUUAUAUUUUGGAUUCAUGGCGGGUAUUUACUAAGCGGAAGCGGAAACCAGUACGAUAUUGGAUAUGCUCCAACCUUGUCAUUAGCUAAAAAACUAAAUGUUGUCUUUGUCAGUAUAAAUUACAGGCUGAAUGCUUUUGGUUUCAUGGCGCUAGAAUGGCUGAAACAUGGUUCACCAACAAAUACUUCUGGUAACUAUGGUCUAAUGGAUAUGAUAGAAGGACUUCGUUGGGUGCAAGAAAACAUUCUUAGUUUUGGUGGCGAUAAGAAUCAAGUAACAGCAUUUGGCCAAAGUUCUGGGGGAACAUCGCUCAUAGCUCUUCUUGCUUCGCCACUCUGCAAAAGUCUGUUUCACAAAGUUUGGAUGUUGAGUGCUUCACCAGUUUUGAACAAAACCGCAGCAGAAGCAUUUAAAGAUAAUGAAAUAUUUAUAUGGAAGUCCGGAUGUGCCGAUGUAUCGUGUCUUUACAACCUGUCAGCAUCAGAAGUGGUUUCAAGCAUACCAUGGCAUAGGUAUCCAUACUGGGCCAUGGAUGACCAAAGCGAUUUACCAACAAAAGGGAGAUUUGAUGGCGCAUUACCUAUUGUAGACGGUUAUGUUCUUCAUGAGGCGCCAUUUGAAGCAUGGGCACGUGGAAAGGGAAUAGACGUUCCUGUGAUGAUAGGAUCAACGGCGCAAGAAUCGGACCUAUCACCAUCACCAGUUAACGUCAUCGAAUCGACUUGGAAUACAACCGAUUACAAAGAUCAUGUGAUUAAAAUGUUGGGCACUUUUAAUGACGUAGUGGCUAGAACAGCUCUGCAUUUAUACCCAGAAAAUGUUUCAACUCCCGAGUUCCAGCUGACCACUAUGAUGACUGAUAUAGGAGUCACGUGUGGGACGGACUACUUGGCUACUAUCUUAGCAGCGAGUAUACGGUCACCAGUGUAUCGCUACGUCGCAACAUAUUACACGAAAGAUCAACCAGCAACACCAUUCGGUGCUCGAUAUCCAGCUAAUUAUGCAUACCAUGGAAUUGAUGUUUAUGGCUUCUUCAACACAAUGGAUUAUGUCCUAGCACAUGGCCGAGGAUCACGUGAUGCUAUUUGGGAAGAUCGUGUGCAACGUGAAAUCAUGGCGUUCGUUCAAACAGGAACGCCGGAGACAUCUGAUUGGCUACACUAUCCGGACAUCACAGCAGAGCUUGAUACAAACACUAAAACAUUCCACAGUUACCACGCAUCACAGUGCGAGUUUUGGCUUACGAACGGAUUCUUUUCUUAUUCGUGGAUAAACUAAUUUGCAAUUCUUCCUAGCUUUAAGCACAUUACCUUACCUUUCAAAACGAAUCUGGUAUAGUUUUUAAUAGGCUGCACUCUAUGCUUCAAACGGAUCUUCUUUUACAAAUUUUA